CAGGUCCCUUUCGCCCACUUCUCGGAUGGCGCGCUGAUCCUGGCCUUGUCGGAUACUAAAUCCUCGCAAACCUCGCCAUAUCCUGACAAGCCACUCGACAAGUCAGGAGUGGAGAUGCCGGAGCCGCUGUGGGAUCUGGUCGAGUCGUGUUUCUAUGUCGAUGCGGCGGCUCGACCGGCAGUAGCUGAUAUUGUCGAAGCUCUGAAACGGGGGUUCAAACAUUCGGGCGACAUCUACUUCGGUCGGAAGGGGAAGGGGAAGGCGCGCGAAUUGCACUCUGCAUCCUCGGAGCCAGAUGUCAUCGUGCACUUUGGACCGGUUGAUCUAGACUCCGACCCGCAGCGCCAGG